GCCAGCGAGCGAGCCGGCCGCCGCGCUUUCCUCUCUCCCUCCCACCUGGCCACCUGCCAUUCCCCUCCCUCCUCCCUUCCAUCCUCUUUAUUUGUCACUUGUCAGUGACUCAUUCGCCCUUUCCAUCGGCGCAACCCUCCCCCUCCUCCCCCUCCUCCGACGACGAUCGUCAUGGCGAAGCACUUCAGCUACGUCAUCCUCGGCGGCGGCGUCGCCGCGGGAUACGCUGCGCGCGAGUUCGCCAACCAGGGGAUAAAGCCCGGCGACCUCGCCAUCAUCUCCAAGGAAUCGGUGGCUCCCUACGAGCGCCCUGCACUCAGCAAGGGCUACCUCUUUCCUCAAAAUGCCGCCAGGCUCCCCGGAUUCCACACGUGCGUCGGCAGCGGCGGGGAGAGGCUCUCGCCUGAAUGGUACUCCGACAAAGGUAUCGAGUUGAUCCUGAGCACCGAAAUUGUCAAGGCUGAUCUUGCGUCCAAGACAUUGACCAGUUCAGCUGGUGCAACCUUUACCUAUGAGACUUUGCUCAUUGCCACUGGCUCCUCGGUCAUAAAGCUCACUGACUUUGGUGUUCAAGGAGCAGAGGCCAACAACAUAUUGUACCUUAGGGAUAUUGAUGAUGCUGACAAGUUGGUUGCAGCUAUGCAAGCGAAGAAGGAUGGAAAGGCUGUGGUUGUCGGAGGUGGCUACAUUGGACUUGAGCUUAGCGCAGCCUUGAAGAUCAACAAUUUUGAUGUCACUAUGGUGUACCCUGAACCUUGGUGCAUGCCCCGUCUCUUCACUGCUGGCCUUGCAGCUUUCUACGAGGGCUACUACGCAAACAAAGGAAUCAAUAUCGUAAAGGGAACCGUGGCUGUUGGUUUUGAUGCUGAUGCCAAUGGAGAUGUUACUGCAGUGAAGCUGAAGAAUGGAAACGUGCUGGAAGCUGACAUUGUUAUUGUCGGUGUCGGAGGCCGGCCACUGACAGGCCUCUUCAAGGGUCAAGUUGAAGAGGAGAAGGGUGGAAUCAAGACUGAUGCAUUCUUCGCAACGAGCGUUCCUGGCGUAUACGCCAUUGGCGACGUGGCUGCCUUCCCGCUGAAGCUGUACAACGAGAUGAGGAGAGUGGAGCACGUUGACCAUGCUCGCAAAUCAGCCGAGCAGGCCGUGAAGGCGAUCAAGGCGAAGGAGUCCGGCGAGUCGGUGUCGGAGUACGACUACCUGCCCUACUUCUACUCGCGGUCGUUCGACAUCUCGUGGCAGUUCUACGGCGACAACGUCGGCGAAAACGUGCUGUUCGGCGACAACGACCCCACGGCGGCCACGCCCAAGUUCGGCACGUACUGGGUGAAGGACGGCAAGGUCGUCGGCGUCUUCCUCGAGGGCGGCUCGGCGGAGGAGAACCAGGCCAUUGCCAAGGUCGCCAGAGCCCAGCCGCCGGUGGCCGACGUCGAGGCUCUCAAGAAGGAAGGCCUCGACUUUGCUGCCAAAAUCUGAACAUUACUACGUUAGGUUGCAUUUACUACUGCUGCCAUAUUUCCUUUUUUUGUUCUUCAUGAUGAUUUUGGUAGCUCCCAUGGAAGAUUCGCUUUUCUUUUCUGAUUGUGAAUUUGUGAUGUUUAUAGCCGCUGUGGCAUGAUCCCAAUAAUGUUUGUACCCUGUAGUAGCAUCUGUGUUUAUGGUUGCCAUGGAUUAGGCUGUGCUUGGGUAGUUGCUCGAGUAAAUUUGGCAAAUGAAAUCAGAACAGUUUUAGACAAAUUUGAGUUAGUACGAAAUGAAUUUGCUUUAUCUUCUGAACA